AUGGAGAGCUUGGGCUUACAAGCAGUGACCCUCUCUGUGGGCACCGCUGAGGGUGUUUUUCUAACUGUUUCAGAUGAAAAGCUGAUCGAAGGGCAAGUCAUUGAACUUGAAGAUGGGACCACAGCUUAUAUCCAUCAGGUGACGGUUCAGAAAGACUCUGUGGCUUUUGAAGACGGUCAGCCAUUGGUGUUGGAAGAUGGCAGUAUGGUCUACAUACACCACACAGCUAAAGAAGGCUUUGACCCCAGCACCUUCGAGGCUGUCCAGCUGGAGGAUGGCUCCACUGCCUACGUCCAUCGUCCUGUCGUUGUGCCGCCUGGCAGCACCAUCCUGGAAGUGCAGGCAGAAACUGGGCUAGAGGAGCUGGCUGGAGAGGGAGAAGAUGAUGCCUUUGAUGUGGAGACCAUUAAUGCAUUAAAGCAGUACGCCAGUAAGGUGUCUGAGGAGGAAGAGGAGGAGGGAGUGACAGACACUUGCCGUGGGAAGAGCGAGGACUCCAGCGACAUCCGCUCCCAGGAUUUGCAGGAGGAGGAAGUGCACAGCAAUGAGAAGGGGCAGCGGGUUGGCGCUAGAGCUUUCCGCUGUGGGUACAAAGGCUGUGGCCGCCUCUACACCACUGCCCACCAUCUGAAGGUACAUGAGCGUGCUCACACAGGUGACCGGCCCUAUACGUGUGACUUCCCAAGCUGUGGGAAAGCAUUUGCUACAGGGUAUGGGCUGAAGAGCCAUGUGAGAACGCAUACUGGUGAGAAACCAUACAAGUGUCCCGAAGAUGUGUGUAGCAAAGCCUUCAAAACCUCUGGGGAUCUGCAGAAACACAUCCGGACACACACAGGUGAGCGUCCCUUCAAGUGUCCCUUUGUGGGCUGUGGCCGCUCUUUUACCACAUCCAACAUCCGCAAGGUUCACAUCCGAACGCACACGGGUGAGCGGCCGUACAUGUGUCCGGAGCCCAACUGCGGAAGGGGCUUCACCAGUGCCACCAAUUACAAGAACCACAUGAGAAUCCACACAGGAGAGAAGCCGUACAUGUGCACUGUGCCGGGCUGCGGGAAGCGCUUCACCGAGUACUCCAGCCUCUACAAGCACCAUGUCGUCCACACGCACUGCAAACCCUACACCUGCAACAGCUGCGGGAAGACCUACCGGCAGACCUCCACGCUGGCCAUGCACAAGCGCAGCAGCCACGGCGAGCUGGAGGCCACGGAGGAGAGCGAGCAGGCCCUCUUCGAACAGCAGCAGCUGGAGGCUGCUGCUGCUGCUGACGGAAGCUCCUUGCUGAAGAGCCAGCGUAUUGCUUUCCUGUCAGAGAUGGAGGAAGAGGAGGAUGAAGAUGGUAUGUCUACGCAGGUGUCGCUUAUCUCUCAGGAUGGGACGGAACAGGUCAGUUUGUCGCAGGAAGACCUGCAGGCUCUAGGCAGUGCGAUUGGCGUCGUGACGCAGAGCGGAGCCCUCGCCGGGUCUGAGUAAGAGGUGGCGGGUGGUGCCACCCGUGCAGUGACUGCAGCCAAUGCUGGUGGCACCGAGACGCAGCUGGUUAGCAUAGUCACUUCUGGGACUGAAGAAUCGGCCGUCGCAUCCCUCUGUCAUCAGCAGGUGACAUUGCUGGCUACUGCCAACGGCACCCACGUUGCCGUGCAGGUAGAAGAACAGCAGAGCCUGGAGGAAGCCAUCAGCAUGGCCGCAGCCGCCAUCCAGCAUGAACCUGUAACGCUCGAGGCAGCUGUGUCCAAGAAUGGGAGUGGGGGAUCAGUCCCUGCGGGCGGGAGGGAUGGAUCCCAGGGGACCACCGUGGGGCCCAGAUGUGGCCUGUGGGCUUCUCCGGGGCGCGCCCAAGCAGAUGGCGCUCCUGCUUCGCGCGUCCCCCACCGCCCAAGGCUGUCGAGGCAGGCGGCCGGAUCCUCGGCCUCGACGGAGCCGCCUCUGCCAUCGCUGCCCGUAGCCAUGGACCUGCGAGCGGAGCUGCUGAAGUCCAUCUGGUAUGCUUUCACCGCCCUGGACGUGGAGAAGAGCGGCAAGGUCUCCAAAUCCCAGCUCAAA